AUGGUUUAUUUUAGUCCACGUGGUAUGCAACCGCCGUGUAGCCCACCAGGAUUACCGAUUACUUCCAAGAGUCCCACCAUGGAAUCAGCCAACAGCAAUACCAGCAUCGAACCGGAGGUAGACCAGAAGCCGAUAAAAAUUCAGCGAACGAAUGGAGGGGCGCUCAAAUUCUCCAUCGCCAAUAUUAUGGGAAGAGACGAUGACGAGGAAGAAGAACCGGAACUACGACGGAAGGAUCAUUUGGAAGUUAUUCCACCACCGCAAUCAUCCAGCCCACCAUCGGCAUCGUCUAGUCCGAACUAUGAGCACAGUUCAUCGAUGGCAGCGUACGAUUCCGCGUUCAAGAAGUACGUACCAAGUUCGAUGCAUCAGUUUGUAGCGAAUCGACACCAGGAUCUGCUUAGUCAGUACCCUCUGCUGUACUACCCGGGUCAAUUAAUGUGCGCCGCAGCAGCUGCCCAGUAUGCUGCAUUGACCCAACAUCCAGUAACACUGCUAAAUGGAUCUUCCUUAGCAACGUCUAGCAGUGGAAGCAAUCCAACUCCUCUACAUCCUUACGUACCAACCGCAAAUGCCCUGCGAGGUCUCGAUGCAUCCGCCAUGUCUCCACCUCAGCACUCGCUGGCUCAUCACAAAAAGAUAAACCUCAAUGCAUCUACAUCCUCGUCGUCGUCCUCCAGUGAUCUCAACAGUUCAGUGAAUUCAACCAACUCAGCAAACCUAACCUCUGCUGCCGCCCUGGCGAAGCAGAAAACAUUCGCCUGUCCGGAAUGUGGAAAGGUGUUUAAUGCGCACUACAACCUUACCCGACAUAUGCCUGUUCACACCGGUGCUAGACCGUUUAUCUGCAAAAUCUGCGGCAAGGGAUUCCGUCAGGCAUCCACACUGUGUCGGCACAAAAUAAUACACACUUCUGAGAAACCACACAAAUGUCAGACCUGCGGGAAAGCUUUCAAUAGAUCGUCCACUUUGAACACCCACACUCGCAUUCACGCCGGCUACAAACCGUACAUCUGCGAGUACUGCGGCAAAGGUUUCCACCAGAAGGGAAACUACAAAAACCACAAACUUACCCACAGCGGCGAUAAAGCUUACAAAUGCACGAUCUGUAACAAAGCUUUUCAUCAGAUAUACAAUCUCACCUUUCACAUGCAUACGCACAACGAUAAGAAACCGUUUACAUGUAAAAUUUGCGCCAAAGGGUUCUGUCGCAAUUUCGACCUUAAAAAGCACAUGCGGAAAUUGCACGAUGUCAGCCUCAGUGCCAGCCUCAAGCGUCAGCACCAGCAACAACAACAGCAGCAAGCAUCUCAACAAGCGGUGGAAUCAAAUCAUCACGGAGCACCGGCAUGGGCAGCGGGUGGACCAUCGUCCGCUUCAGCCUCAUUGGCAGCCCUGUCAUCAUCUCCGCUGACCACUCUAACCAACCUGCACCAUUCGGCCGUUGCGGCUGCCGCUCUCCGGGCAGGCGACUACAGCAGUCCCUUCCUGAUGCCUAAUGCCCGUGGGGGAAGUCGGCUGGAUGCUCCUUUUAUAGGUAAAGUUUUCUGA